AUGAAGAUCUGCUCCGCCAGCAGCAAGAAGCGUACAGGGUUGCAGGCACAAAAAGUCAAGAAGCAGCGCGUGAACACGGCUGUCUUCGUGACCUCGGUUCCAUUGGAUGCCACGCUCGAGGAGAUCCUGCACACCUUUUCAAAAUGCGGCGUCAUCGCCGAAGAGAUCGACAGCGGGCGACCACGGAUCAAAAUGUAUACGGACGAUGACGGGAAAUUCAAGGGCGAGGUGCUGGUCGUCUACUUUCGGCCGGAGUCGGUCAACCUGGCGAUUCAGAUGCUGGACGAUUCGGAUUUCCGGCUUGGAGUGACUGGACCCCUUGGGCCGAUGAGGGUUCAGGCGGCCGAUUUUUCGUUCAAGAGCCAGAAGGAGGCGCCGCCCAAGACCAAUAUGAGAGAUAAGCGGAAGAUUAUUGCACGGACACAGAAGUUGAACAAGUAUGUCCAUUGCGUUUGGGGAUUGUGA